AAUGAGACAACACUCCCUCAAACGUUCUUCAAAACAUCACGUAGAUUCACAUAAAAUUUGCGAGACAACCACAGAAAGACAGAAGCAACAUGAUUGAAGACGAUGACUGGGCUCUGAAUUGGAUGCAAACUCCGUGGUUUGCAUGGGGGCUCUUGCCCUUCCUUGCUGUCAAUAUUGGUUUCUGGGGCAGCGUCAUUCCCCUGGAACUGAUUCUCAACAAAAUCUUGCAGGAUGAUUCAUCCUUCUGGAACACGUGGUUUCAUCUUAUUGAAUACGGCAACCAGAAGAACCGUCGCCAGGACUUGGUCGAAUGCCGAGCACAAAUCAGCCUAGCACAUCAAGCAAAACUUUCGUUUAUUCAAAUGAGCGGUCCCAUGGCAAUUGUGGGAGCUGCCGCGGCUGGAUUCCUUUUCCCCCUCUGGAUGCCGGCUGUGGAACGAACAAUGCCCACUUUGGCACAAUUUACAAUGCAAAUGAUAAUCAUGGAGGUUGUUGGUGACUUUCUCCUCUACUGGUGUCAUCGACUCCAACAUUCAAGUCAGUACCUCUGGGAGAAUUUUCAUUCCAAACAUCACCAAGUGGGCACUACCUCGGCCUUCUCAACGGCGUAUAUCGAUGCAGUCGAUGCUACGCUGCAAGCGACCAUUCCACUUUUAUUGGCCGCGGUGUCGGCUCGGGCCCACCCCAUUUCCUUUUGGAGCCAUUGUUGCUUUCGAGUUAGUGAAAAUGUGGCACAUCAUUGCGCAUGACCUCUCCAAUUCUCUCCAUUCUCUUUUUCAAAUAUAUUCCUGGAAGAGCUGACAAUGACUUUCAUGAUUGCCAUCAUCGUUACUCCAAUUAUCAUGGUCAAGCCAAAAAUUAUGGAGAAUACUUUACUCUCUGGGAUGAAUGGUUUGGUACUGCCUCCAAUUUGGACAAGUUGAAGAAAAAAUCCUAGUACAUGUUGCCAUCCUGCCAUCCAUCCAUUCACACAACAAAAGACUGAAGUCCCUUCAUGCUAUUACCGGCAUCAUACAAAAAGCAAUCCAACCAAGCAGAUAGCUAUCCAAACAUCCAUUCUAUAGAUUGCUCCAUUAGCCCAGUUGAGAUCCGUUAUAGGUUGGUUGCCGUGAAAAUUUUUAUCUACGUAUUCCUCCUUCGUACAAUAAUGGGCCCCUCAUCCAUCUUGGACACAGAAAACCAAAUACAUAUAAGAGUGAAUUGACUGCAUUGCC